AUGCCCGCGUUAGAAUCAGUAUUAUUAGUUGGUGGUUCUGGUUUCUUGGGCUUGCACUUAAUAGAGCAGUACUGGAACCUGACACCUAGGCCUGAUAUCUAUGUGUUUGACAUACGGCCACUGCCUGAGAAGAUUUCGACUCAAUUUACAUUUGAUCCUACGAAGAUAACUUGUUACCAAGGUGAUUUGACUUCAGCAAAAGACGUAGAGCAUGCGAUUAAGUCAAGCGGCGUUCGGGUUCUUGUUCACUCAGCAUCUCCCAUGCAUGGCAAUUCCCAAGAGAUCUAUGAAAUGGUUAAUGUUGAAGGAACUAAGAAUUUACUCGACGUUGCAAAAAAGUGCGGCAUAACAGCUUUUAUCUAUACAUCAUCAGCUGGUGUGAUAUUCAAUGGCCAAGAUAUCCAUAAUGCCGACGAAACUUGGCCAAUUCCUGAUAUCCCAAUGGAUGGUUACAAUGAGACGAAGGCUAUUGCUGAGAAAAUGGUUUUAACAGCGAACGAUCCACAGAAUGGUUUUUUAACGAUUGCCCUACGUCCAGCUGGUAUAUUUGGUCCAGGUGAUCGGCAAUUAGUGCCCGGAUUAAGACAAGUUGCGAAACUCGGCCAGUCAAAGUAUCAACUUGGCAAUAACAAUAACUUAUUCGACUGGACGUAUGCUGGUAACGUCGCAGAUGCACAUGUACUAGCUGCAAAAAAACUACUAGAUCCAGCGAAUGCGUCUUCUGUUAGCGGGGAAACCUUCUUUAUUACGAAUGAUGCGCCUACCUAUUUUUGGGCUCUUGCUCGUGCGGUGUGGAAAGCCGAUGGCCACAUUGAUGAUAAAGUUGUAGUCUUGAAUAGGCCAGUUGCACUUGUUGUGGGAUACUUAUCCCAAUUCUUCACGAAUUUGCUCGGUAAGGAAUCUGGGUUAACUCCCUUCAGAGUAAGGGUUGUCUGUGCGACUCGUUAUCACAACAUCUCAAAGGCCAAGAAGUUAUUGGGAUACAAACCAUGUGUUGAUCUUGAAGAAGGUAUAAAAAGGACCCUGCUUUGGAUGGACGAGGAUGCCUCGUGA